AUGGGAUUAACUUUCAAGUCAACGGAUGCGCUGAAUCAACGCUCUGCUUUUCAUUGUACAUGUUCUGUUGAGCGUUUAUCUGAUCUUUCUCUGCGAUUUUUAUACCUCCAUCCUUUCCUCAUCCUCUUUUCCUCUCUCCUCCUCUUUCCAACUUUCUUACCUUUCAUCUCUCUACCUUCAUAUAGUUUUUCCUCUCACCUUUCCCUAGCUUUAUUACCCCCACGUUUAAAUCCACUAUUCCUUAUUCCUACCCUCUGUAGUUUUCUUAUCACCCACUUUUUUCCUUCAUUUUCUCGUUUUUCUUCUUCCGGCUGUCCCUCCUCCUCCUAUCUCUUACUUUCUUACCUUCUACCAGUUCUUCUCUUUCUUAUCCUCUUUCCUUUCCCUCUUUCUAGCUUUCUUACCUACCACCCUUUUAUUUUUGUAUCCUCUCUUCCUCUCCCUCCUCUACCUUUGUUUUUCCCUUUCGCCUUCCUUCCCUCCAUUAUUCUAGCUUUCUUAACUCCCACUUUUAUCCUUCAUAGCCACACUUUCUUCCUCCUACUCUCUCUAGCUUUCUUCUCUCCUACUUUGUUUCCUUCAUAUAUCUUUUCUCUUCUUUUCCCCCUUUCUCUCUUUCUAACGGCCUUACCUCCCACCGUUUUAUAUCUUCAUUUUUUUACCCCCACCACAUAUCUUCUUAUCCUUCUCUUCGUGUUUCUUAUUACAUUCUCGUUUCAUACUUUCUUUCUCAGCUGGCAGAUGUAA